CGCGAAUCUGGGGCAUGGUGGGUGAGUUGAGGAGGGAGACGCUACUUGUAAGAAACUCACAUGUUGGCUACAAGACGGAUUGUAGACGUGUUGAAGACGAUUAGACGAGCGAGAAAGCGUGGGAAGAGACGCCGGAAGCGGAGUACCAAACGGGCUAUACAAGUGCUGGGCGUGGACGGGCGACGGCUUGCGCCAGUCUUGCCCUUGACUAUCAUCCCCGACAGUAGGAGCGUAGUGCGUGCAGGGUCGUGGUCGUCUGCCUCUUGUAUCCUGUUCCAUUCUCUUUUGUUGCAGAAUUAAGCCCAUAAAGUGUCUGCCACAACCGCUUGAGAGCGAGCGCGAGAGCAUACGAAAGAAAAAAAGACGUCGCUGUACAUGGAAUAUACGAAUGCAGCGUGGUUGCAGCAAUCGCUUCCCGACGUACAACCUCUGCACGACGACAGGAAUGCCAAUGAACCCUGGAAGGACCCCUCCUCCAGCUCCGUUCCCCAACACGCGUCCCCGCAGCCUCCCAUGGACUUGAACGAUUUCGGUUUGGGCGAUCUGCCCGCUGCAUCCUCAUCAACACAAUCGCAAUCGUUCUAUCCGUUCUCUCAACAGUACUUCCACCUCCCCAAUGCUACGACAUCCUAUAUCCCAUUCAGCAACUCCCAAUGGACAGGAACUCAGUCAUCCCAACUGCCUCUCUCUUCAUAUUCUUCCUUGAACGGUGCAACAAGUUCCUCCGGAUCAGCCCAACAUUCACCUCCGACAUCUACCCCUCCCUCUCAGUCUGUCAUUGAGUGCGUAUCAUUCCCAUAUUCCUCGCCUCUGGAUGUUCAUCAUCGUCGCAGUCCUGCCCUUACUACCAUGAAUGGUUCUUCGAGCCUCAGUCCGCCACCACAAUAUCCGAAUGCAUUCAUGUCAUCACAGCAACCUCAACGCAAUCACUUUUCCUAUCAGCAUCUACAACAUACCCCGUCAUUAUCCAUCAACCCGUCUUAUGUCCACAGCACACCCGCGCACUAUCAAGUACAACGGCCACCUCAGCAACAUCUACAGCAGAAUACCAUCUCGCCGUACAGUUUGCAGGCCACUCCGAGCUCAUCUUCGCAGCAGCUAUUCAAUCCGGUGUCAUCUACCUCCUUUUACGCCACACCGACGAACAUCCCGACACCAGGACCAACUCCGGAACAGCGUAAAGAGAAAUUCCUCACAGGCCUCCGACCCCUGUUGCAACCUUCAUCCUUCACAGGUGCUGGCGCAGUGGCGAAGUUAGCAUCACACAUCCUCGACCAUGGUUGCCAGGACGUCGAGCCGCAGAUACGCCUGGAAAUCUUCACAAAAAUACGAGACAACGCUGGCAACCACUACUUUCGUGCUUGGGUCGAGAACGAGGAUGCGAUGACAAUCACCAGGGAAUGGCUGAGGCUGGCUUACGCGGGCAAGGGGGACUCGCAGUUGGUCGAGACAAUCAUGCCCUUAUUGCAUGUGAUCGAUCGACUUCCCCUCACUAUCGAAACUUUGAAGAACUCAAAGCUUGGCAAGAUUGUGGUUCGUCUAGUAAAGGAACCACCAGGUCCCGCGAUUAAGGAUAUGGCCUCCAACGUCGAGCGGAAGUGGCGUCAAAUGUUGUCGAGUAGUAAUGACGAAGUUUCAAGGCGACAAGAAAUGGAGAACUCAGAAGAUGGUAAGGGUAAGAAGCGCAAAGCAGAUGCCCCUGCUUCGAAGUCCGCUCCUCCUUUGAAGAAGAGCACGCCUUCCACGGUUUCAUCGUCCAAAGCCUCAGUCAUCAAAAAGGAAGUCAAGUCUGCUGUUAAGGAAGUCAAGGACGCCAAGUCAGACUCGUCAUUCUUCUCUGCGCCGAAACCGAAACCGAAGCUGCCCAGCUUCAAGAAGGCACCUACACCUUCGAUCAAGAAGGAAUCUGAUUCUAACAUUUCACAGCCGUCGUCUAUGAAUCCCUUUGAGGAGGCGCUGAAGUCAAUGAAAAAGGUCAAGAAAGAGUCACCAGCAGCCUCAACACCUCCUCCUAUGGCAAUUGCUGCGACAUCGUCAACGUCAACUGUCAUCUCAAAGACGAACAAGAAGCGGAAGACAGUCGCCUGGGCUCCCGAAGGUCAAUUAGUAAUGAUUAAACUAAUAGAACGGGCUGUUUACGACGAUGACCCCGCGGAUGGUGUCCACACUACCCACAAUAUCCGUGAUCUUGACCGAGAUGAAGGUGCCGCGCUACACGCACAUCUAUUCGAGGAACAACUUGAUUGGUUCGACCCUCAAUCAUUGGACCUUCCUCCAGAGAUCGAAAUACCCGAGCGAGGAAAGGACAGCGUCGAGAAGGAUAUUCAAGCCACCCGGGAACAAACCGCUCUCAUUGCUCUGUAUAUGUCUGCGGCACAGAUACCAGACAGCCCAGCGGAGGUUUCAUUGCAAAUACCGGAUGAGGAGGUGGAUAAGGACGUGCGGAUGAUGCUUACGGGACCAGAGGUUGAUUCUGUGUUGUGGGCCGACGGCGCACCCGCGACGCCGGGCCCGUUGAAUGGUGCUUCUGCUUCGGUAGCUGAACUAGUGGGUCAGCUUGCGAACGCUGGUGCUACGGAUGCAUCCUCUAUGGACAGUUCUAUUAGUGCACUGACACAGACACCCGUGCUGGAUCCAUCAGCCCUUUCAGUUCUUGGACUAAGCGCAGAGCAAUUGCAACAAUUUGUGCAGCAAGCACAGGCUCUUGCUCAACCAUCAUUCUAUGCGCCGGGACCCUCGACGCAGCAGACGGGGCCAGAGGGCAGUGACCAUUGGAACACAGGGGCGUUCAGCGAGUCAGACCGAGCGUUCCAUGACGAAAACGGACGUGAUCGACGUUGGGAAGAUAGCUGGGAUCGCGGAAUUGGCCGUGGGCGUGGUAGAGGCCGGGGAAGAGGCCGGGGUGAUGGAUUUAGAAGUACAAAGAGAAAACCAUGCAGUUUCUUUGCAGCAGGAAGAUACGGAGAUCAAUGUGACUACAGCCAUGAACCUAUUAGUUGAUAUGGCUAUCCUUAUAUAUGUAUCGGUUUAUUGAAUCUAUCUUGGGUGACCAUGGUUGGUUUAAAUGCUACAUCAUAUGGAUAGACAAUUCAAAAGAUGUUGAAAGAGACGAGAUUUUCCAAACAACCUUGGUAACAGCUGGAAUUAAGAAUACUCACAUGAGAUAACAUGGACUCUAUUCGUCACAGCUUUUGCUACGAAUAUACACACUGAAUGGUA